ACCGCUCCUACUCCCAAAAAUCCGUGGUUUUCUUCUCCUCCGUGCUCUCCACCCGCGCCUCGAACCAGAAAUUUUGCAAACAACGUCUCCAUUCCCACUCUAUCCUUCCUCUUCCCAGAACACCCCCAUCAUGGCAUCCAUCUUGUCUCUAUUCCCUCUGCUAAUCCUCCAUAUUCUGCUUCUAGUUCCGACCAGAACUUAUUCCCAGCGCGGCCCCCUCAUUUACUACUGCGUCGGCGACACCAACUACACCGUCCCCAGCACCUUCUCCUCCAACCUCGACCUCCUCCUCUCCUACCUCAUCUCCUCCCCCCUCGACUUCGGCUACUUUUCCAACACCACCGCCGGCGCCGCCUCCUCAGACCCCGCCUACGGCCUUGCCCAGUGCCGACCCGACGUCUCCGCCUCCGACUGUUCCGCCUGCCUCAACCGCUCCGCCUCCAUCACCGUCACCUCCUGCCCCCAUAAGACCGCCGCCAUACGCUUGGAUCUCUGCGUCCUCCGUUACUCCGACCAUCGCUUCUUCGGCCAGCUCGAAGACGAAGCGAGCAGUAAAGUUGUCAAUCCCAAUAACGCGUCGGAUCCAGCGGUGUUCUAUCGGCAGAUGAGGGAUCUGAUGGUCGAGCUCGCGUCGCAGGCGGCAGCGAUGGAGUCGAAGUUCGCGGUGGGGAUCACGAAUUCCUCCGAUUAUGGGCAUAUAUACGGGAUGGCACAUUGUACCCGUGAUCUAUCGGAGGCGGAUUGCUCCACUUGUCUCGAUAAGGCGGUCGGUUUUCUGCCUGCCUGUUGCUAUGGGCGUAUGGGGGGACAGUCCUUGAAAGUGAGUUGUGCCGUGAGGUUUGAGAUCUAUCCCUUUUUCUCCCAGUCGUUGCUCCCUCCGCCGCCGCCGGGAUCGAGUUCUCCGCCGGCCCGUGGCAAUGUUACUGACACAACCGGGAGAAGUAAUAACGUUACAAAAGUAGCUCUAAUUGUUGCCAUCCCUGUCGUUGCUGCACUGGUGGUCCUCUUUGCCAUCUGUAUGUGCUUCCGAAGAAGAAAAGCGUUGAGAAGAGUACUCCUUGGUGGAGAUGAGCAAGAGUUCACAAGUUCAGAAUUAUUAUUAUUUGAUUUGGGUACCCUUAGAUCUGCCACAAAUAAUUUCUCAGAUGCAAAUAAGCUUGGAGAAGGUGGGUUUGGGCCAGUUUACAAGGGGACUCUACAGGAUGGACAAGAAAUAGCGGUGAAGAGGCUCUCAGGAACUUCACGGCAAGGACUAGUAGAGUUGAGAAAUGAGGUUGGUUUGGUUGCCAAGCUUCAACAUAGAAACCUUGUUAAGUUGUUGGGUUGUUGCCUUGAGGAAGAAGAGAGGUUACUUGUCUAUGAGUACCUUCCAAAUACUAGCCUUGACAAAUUUUUAUUCGACCCUAUUGGACGAGAACAACUAGACUGGGGAAGGCGGUACAAAAUUAUUGAAGGGAUUGGCCGCGGGCUUCUCUAUCUUCAUGAAGAUUCUCGAUUAAGGAUCAUUCAUCGGGAUCUAAAAGCAGGCAAUAUCUUGCUGGAUGGGGACAUGAACCCUAAAAUUUCAGACUUCGGUCUUGCAAAGCUUUUUGGCCUAGAUGAGACUCAAGGACGCACUAGUCGAAUUGCUGGGACAUAUGGCUAUAUGGCACCAGAAUAUAGCUUCCGUGGCCUCUUCUCCACCAAAUCAGAUGUUUUUAGUUAUGGCGUACUAGUUUUGGAGAUUGUGACCGGCCAGAGGAACAGUGGAUUCCAAGGAUCUGGGAGUGCUCUAGACCUUCUUAGUUAUGCAUGGCAAUACUGGAAUGAAGGAAUGGCAUCACAGGUGAUCGAUCGGAGUCUAGAUGAUCAUUAUCAACUACGAGAAGUACUAAGGUGCAUUCACAUUGCGUUACUCUGCGUCCAGAAAGAGCCGGCAGAGAGACCCAGCAUGGCAACAGUCAUUCUCAUGCUCAGUAGUUACUCUGUCCCUCUUCCAGCUCCAUCAGCUCCUGCCUUCUUUGUAAGAAGUGGUACAAGUGGUGAGACAGAGGCGUUCGACAGGGAUGUGAAUGAUGUUACAAUCACUGAGAUGGAACCACGAUAGAGGUGUGAGAUUAGUUGAUAAAACUGCAUAUUAGAACAUUAGUUGUUAAUAAUCUUUGUGAACAAUACGGAUACCAGUUUCUCUAUCCACUAUGUCGUAUGAUAAAUAUGGUAUGUUCUGAAUAUGAUCUAGAGGAUGGCAUGAUAUUGCAAGUCUGUGGGAACUUUAUAGAGAUGGCAGCUUGGAACUUAAUUUGUUAUCCACUGUAAUGUAAUAAAUGGGGGACCAUCCUUCUCCAUUGAGAGUAAUGUCUUACAAUCAUUGUAC